AUGGGCCAAUCCGACAGCACAAAGGACCCCCUGUUGCACUUCCUCCAAGUGCCGCUGGUGUGCAAGUACAAUGCCUCCAAGAAGACGACUAGAUUCCAGGAUAUCCCUUCUUAUUACGACCUCAAUCUGGAGCUGGCAUGUCAUCCGUUAUCGACCAAUCUCUGUCCCGAUGGAGCAGCAGCUUUUCUUCAAGAGUGGUUGUUCUUCGCCGUGCUGAAUGGCAUCUGCGAGGUUGUCGACGUCGAAUUCGACCCCAUGGACUUUGUUGUAUCAUCUGCAGCGGGACAGGCCGAGAGACUGAUUACGGGAAGACACUUCCGAAAGUACGUCUGGUUCUGGGUUGGCGGGCUGGAGCUCGGAACAUGCACCAUCGAAGGCCGACAUCAAGAGCAGCGGGAGGGCGCCACUUUCAUCCUCCAGACUCUCGAGCGAGCCUUAGAUGCAUGGAUACAGCUGUGCGAUCAUGAUCAUUUAUACAACUCAUCAACGGUGCUGAACAUGGUGUUGCUGUCCAUCGUCCAACUUGGGGCCCAUCUCAGGACUGUUCUCGGGUCCAUUCUCCAUGAACCAGGGCUCACGAGCAACGAGUCUUUUCUAAAGGGCUACCCGAUUCAGGGACGUGAGGUACUGUUCAAGCCGUUGCUGUUGAAGGCCGGAUGGUGUGUAGGUGAGGUGCCGACCCUGCUAUCUCGAUACCGACCGUAUACGCUUCUCUAUCUGAGUACGAUCAACCGACGACGUGGCCACAAAGACCAUUCUCGUUGCUCUACGAAGGGGUGCAUCGUCAAUCAGCUGGAUGGCGACACCUACAACACCGCCCAUGCACCCGCCUGCCCAGGGUUGGACUCGUGCAACAUGGUUCAUGCGCCGAUCGAAGAGGUCUGUAGGAUUCUCGAAGCCGGAGACAUUCCAUUGUUGAGCAUCUCCGCCGAGCCUCCUUCUUCUCCAGCCCCUCUUCUGGAGGUCAAGCCUUUUGUACUUGGUGGUGACAGUGACACGACUCCCGCCCGCUAUGUGGCCAUCUCUCAUGUCUGGUCCCACGGGAUGGGGAAUCCAAGGGCGAAUGCCUCGUACGCCUGCCAGAUACGCCGCAUACAGCGAGCAGCCAAUGACCUCUAUCGCUCUGACAAUGGCCCGGUUCCUGGCAAUGUACUGUUCUGGAUGGAUACUCUGUGCGUUCCGUUGGAUCCUAAACUGCGCACCCUUGCAAUCGUCCGGAUGUCGAGGACAUAUAUGCACGCCGACAAGGUGCUGGUGAUUGACAACUGGUUGGCGGAAAGCUCCUUCUCUAGCGAUGAGCCAAACAGCUUACUCUUCAAAAUCGUCCAUUCGGAUUGGAGCACUCGUCUUUGGACAUUUCAAGAGGCCGUGCUGGCCAGGGAACUCACUUUUCAGUUUGCAGACGGCGCAUUCACGACCUAUCAAAUCGAGGAUGCUGGUGCUGGACCGUCAAGCUUAGAGGAGCUUUCCGAAGUGCUCGAGGGCAUCCCAGAAGACAAGCUGCUCAGUACGAAGUGCACCUUGAACCUGCUCUGCGCAUUGGGACAGGUCGACCCGGCCAGUGUGGAUCGAAGCGCAGCUGUGAGACGAACAGCGGCAUUGCCUCCUCAGAGCGAUCCAAUCCGGGAGCUAGAUCGUCUAACAGCCAUCAACACUGAAACAGUACAUACUUCGCUAUGCAACGUUACUGAGAGAUGGUUUCCCGUCCUUGCCAGGGCGGACUGCUUCCCGGGGAACCCUCGGGAUCACCUGGUCCGUUUGAACUCUCUCGUUCGUCCGCUCCACUCGGACCCGGUCGGACUUCAUGCUUCUGGCGCAGCAGAGCUAAUCCGCGGCAUGGGGUACGACACCAUAGUGAAUCGCUCAAAGGAUCUUUCAGGGGGCGGCACCGGCACCGGACGGAAGCUCCAGGGUAUCGAGAACACACCCAGUGGACUACUCUCGUCAAUCGUCAACGGGGCCCGUCAUCGUACGACCAGCUGGAAGGAGGAUGAGACGAUAUGUCUGGGAGGAAUUACGGGUCUUGAUCUAACCCCUAUCGCGCAAAUUCGAGUUGACUGGGACCGACGGGAAGAACAAGUCCAGCCAGUCUCUGAAGAGCGCAUGAAGAUGUUCUUAUCUGCAAUCGGAAACCUCCCGGAGUCUCUUCUUUUCCUACCGUCUCAUCGGAUGGCCGCAUAUCCCUGGAGAUGGGCCCCCCCGUCUUUCUUGGGGACAGAUUACGCCCUUCCCUUUGCCGACCAUUACCGGGCUCAGUGCACGAACCAAGGGCUGCUGGUCAAUUGUGACACGAUCCAGAUCGCCUGCACCUCUGACCAGAAACAGCUGGUCCUCGAGGGCACAAAAACGAUGGACCUCCGACAACGAAUACCAAGAGGAUACACGCUUCGCGGACCUGUGGCCCCGAAUACCGGGCCUUGGAAGGACGUUCUUUUUCGGUGCCACAUCAUCGGUCAAGAUGAGUCCUGGUCAAAGUUCUUCUCGCAAUAUGAGGGUGAGCUAUAUCUCCUCAAACGAUCCUACCCACUCCGACGAGCAAAAGACGCGGACGCAGUCCUGGUCAGAUUUCUCGCAGUCAAGGAAGAUACGCGCUUUGCCCACUUCUUGGCCAAAGUCCAGCUCACUCAUCUCACAACACUGGGGCCGGGGCCGGGGCUGCAGUCAUGUGUCGAUGGCGAGCUGGAACCAACCAAGGUCAAGUGGUGUGUGGGAUGA